AUGGGAAACGAUAAAGAACACCCAUCCACGCCAAUACCAUCCAACUCAAAUUCCUCAUUCGAGAAUGCUGGUUAUCCAUUCCCACAUGCCAUAUAUCCUCCGAUUCCUCUCAUCAAUACAAGCUCUGCUACGAGUAGAAUAGUUGAUUCAGAGGAUAAUAGACUCGAGGGUGGGGAAACUGAAGCACAAUGUACAUCCGGUAGAGUUGAGGAAAGUAAUGAGGAUAGACCACUUCCUCAAGAAACUGAGGAUGGCAGUGCGGGGACAUCUCAGAAUGUUGAAAUGGAUGGUGAUGACAUGAUUGAGGAGCCAAAGUCGGGAAUGGAGUUUAACUCCUUUGAAGAUUUAAUGAGUUAUUAUAAACAAUAUGCUAAGAAGUGCGGGUUUGGGGUGAUGACAAAAAGGACUGAGAGGGGAGAAGAUGAGAUGGUUAGGUAUGUCACCCUUGCUUGUGCUCGUGGUGGGAAGGCCCGUAAUAGGACUUUCAAUGUCACCAACCCACGCCCGACCGGAAAAACAGAAUGUAAGGCAAAGAUCAAUGCCUUAAAAUCUGAUGGAAAGCUUCGGUUGACUACAGUUCAUAAUAUCCAUAACCACGGCCUGAGUCCAAAGAAAUCUCGCUUCUUUCGAUGUAAUAGAGAAGUGAGUGACUCCGUAAAAAGAGUUUUAGAUACAAAUGAUUUGGCUGGCAUCCGAAUGAAUAAGAGCUUCGGAUCUCUUGUUGUUGGUGCGGGCGGAUUCGAGAACCUUCCAUUUUUGGAAAAAGAUUGUCGUAAUUAUAUCGAUAAGGCAAGACAUCUACGACUUGGCGCUGGUGGUGCUGGUGCGCUUCGAGAGUAUUUUUGUAGGAUGCAGUACAAAAAUUCGGGAUUCUUUGCAUUGAUGGAUUUAGAUGAUGAUGGGAGGUUAAGAAAUGUCUUUUGGGCAGACCCUCGUAGUAGAGCUGCGUACCAAUAUUUUGGCUUGAUUUCUAGUGAGGAUACGGAGACCUUUGUGUGGUUAUUCAAGACCUGGUUGCAGUGUAUGGAUGGCAUAGCUCCGAAAUCAAUUAUCACUGAUCAAGAUAGAGCAAUGAAAAAUGCAAUAGCUAUUGUUUUCCCAGAGACCCGACAUAGAUUUUGCUUGUGGCAUAUCCUGAAGAAAGUCCCUGAAAAACUUGGCUCCUAUGCUUCCUAUAAAAUUGGGAUGAAGAAUGCGUUAAUGAAGUGUGUGUAUGACACCCAAAAUAUUGAAGAGUUUGAGAGGUGUUGGGAACAGUUGAUUGUUAAGUAUAGUUUGCAUGAGAAUGCGUGGUUGCAGAGUUUAUAUGCUGAGCGUGAGCAUUCGACGAACCUAAAAGAGUUUGUUGACCAGUUUGAAAACGCGUUGAAGAAAAAGAUUGAGAAUGAAAAUGCUGCAGACUUUCACUCGUUUAGUGUCACGAUUCCCUUCAUUUCUAGAUCUCCAAUUGAGAAGAGGUUCCAAGAGUUGUACACCAAUGCUAAAUUCAAAGAAGUUCAGCUUCAAAUUACAGGCAUCAUCGAUAUGAAUCCAAAGUUAAAUAAGAGUGAUGGUGCGGUAAAAACCUAUCUGGUAGAGGAUGAAGUUCGUUUCGAGGAGUUCACUAAGGUGGUUACAUAUUCUGUGGACUUUAGUGAGGGGGAUGCAGCUGCAAAAUGUUCUUGUGGAUUAUUCCAGAUGAGAGGGAUAUUGUGUCGGCACAUUUUGGCCGUGUUCAAAUGUAACGAGAUUAAAAUUUUGCCAGAUAGGUACAUCUUAGAUCGAUGGAGAAAGGAUAUCAAAAGGCGAUACACAUUAAUCCGUAGUAGCUAUGAUGCAGGAGAAGAACGGGCAGAUUCUAAUAGAUAUUCAGAGCUGUUGAAUAUCUGUUAUGAGAUGAUCACUGAUGCUGCGAGUUCGAAAGAGCAUACUGAGGAUGCGAAGACUAAGUUGUACGCUAUGAUGAAGUUGUAUCGUGCCAACCAACAACACCCAUCGAUUACCCAAACAGGAAGCAAUAUUGGUUGUUCAGGAAAUGACACAACUACAGUUGGUACUUCUAAGAAAGUACUCAGUCCACAUGUUGUGCGAGGAAAAGGCAGACCCCCAUCACUGAGAAGAGCAUCCAGGAUGGAGAAAGACAUGCGAAAAGUCAAAGCGAAAAAAGCUAAAGGAAAACGCAAAGAGCCGGAUGGAGGAGAUACACCAUGUGUGGACACACGGAGACCUUUAUUUUUCCAUUCAGAGGUGGAUGCAUCCGAUGUUGGACAGCAGGUUGUUCAAGAAAUCACAACCUUUGACAUUAGUGGAACCCAAAUCCGAGGAACAGUGAUUCCAAGUCAAGAGAGUUCUGCAGUUGGCGAAGUGUUGCAGAGCAGCACAAGAAUACGAAAGUCCCCUUCAGAUCUGGGUGGAGAAUCUGGAGGGGAUUCCGUGGAGAAGGCGAAGGGCCUUCGUGGGAUGGAACCAGUACUGCUAUGGGUAUUCGUGUGUUCGUGGAGAAGACAUGUGGCCUGGAUGCAAGAGAAGGGCUCUGAAGGUGGAGAAGACUUAAGACUACGACACAAGGCUCUGGCUGGGGAGAAGACGCAGAUGGCUUAG